UCCUUCUGUUCUUUUGAUGUUGUGUGAUCUGCAAAUCUCUCUCUCUUUCUUUCUUCCUCUCUUCUAAUAUGUGAAUUAGCAUAAUUUUUCUUGACUGGCCUUUGUCUUUCCAUGCAGCACUGUCUAAUACCACCCUACUUGGAGAUAGCAGGGAGCUCCCACCCACCCUGAGAAACCACAGACUGCAGAAUCCCUGCCUGGCUCUCCCUGUCUGUGCUGGCUCUAAGCUGAGAAGUGCAGCAGCUUCACUACCCCUGUGGCAGUUGGUUGGAAGGCAGUGAGACCUGGAAUCAUACCCGGUCUCAGGAUAUUCUUCCAGCCAGCUUCUCAUGUGAUUGGGAAGAAGUACUGCCAAAUUGAAACACUUAGGUGAUGAUAGAAUCAUAAAAUCACAGAAUGGUUUGGGUUGCAAGGGACCUUUAAGAUCAUUCAGUUGCAGUCCUCUUGCCUUGGGCAGGGACACCUUCCUGUAGACCAGUGGCUCAGAGCCCCAUCCAGCCUGACGGAUGCACAGUGGUGCCUCAGCUUUCUUGAUAUGAAAGGCCCUCCAAACUUCAAACCUUAGAUAUGUUUUUCCAGGGACUCUGUGUUACUUUGCUGAUCAGGAAUAUACCAAUAGAAAAAAUUUGGAGGAGACAACAGUAUUUAUCCUAGAUAUCUAGCCAUAUUGGCUAAAGGAAUUUUGAAAAACAGAGCAACCCUCCCUUCCUGUCAGAUGUUUCCAGUAUCUCUUGUAAGGUAUCAGGGAAGGCUGUCCCCUGAUGCUGAAAUGCCCUCUCUCCUGAGGAGACAUGGAGCUGUUUGCUCAGGAGGAGAUGACUCUCCUAUCAGGCUUGUCUGGGUGCCACUCAGUCUCAGAGGGUCACUUGGUUUGACCUUGUGGACAGGCUUCUGGUUACUGUCAGCCUCCACAAUGUCCUGGCUGCUUAGACACAGCUCACGGGAGAAGGAGAAACUGGACCUACGGCAGCAGCUGAACGAGGCCAAGCAGCAGCUCCUGCAGCAGGCAGAGUAUUGCACAGAGAUGGGGGCUGCUGUUUGCACCUUGCUGUGGGGGGUGUCCAGCAACGAGGAGGCUGUGAAAACCAUUCUAGGAGGAAGUAAAGCAGGAAAGUUUUUCACAAUCACUGCCCAGACCAUGGAGAGCUUUGUGAAGUCAUUAAGUGAAGACAUGAAACAGCAGGAUUUGGAUUCUGAUGAAAACCAGUUUGUAUUAGCCUUGGCAGGGAUUGUGACAAAUGUGGCCGCGCUGGCGUGUGGCCGUGAGUUCUUGGUUAGCUCAAGUCAGGAAUUACUGGACACGAUGAUGCACCUCCUGGGAGACAUGAAGCCAGGACUCUGUAACAAAUUUAAAGUGCUAAUGCUAAUGUCACUUUACAAUGUGAGCAUCAACUUGAAAGGCUUGAAGUACAUCAGUGAAAGUCCAGGUUUUAUUCCCUUGCUUUGGUGGCUGUUGAAUGACCCAGACACAGAAGUUUGCCUUCAUGCUCUGAGGCUCCUGCAGUCGGUGAUCCUGGAGCCAGAAGUCCUGGCCAGGACAGCUCCCGAGAUGAGGGAUACUCUGCCAUUCCAGCGCAUCCUUGCCCUGUCAAAGAGCCGCAAUGCAGAUCUGCAAGCACUUGCAAAAGAACUACUUGAAGAUCUUAAAAUAUUUGAGUACGAAGCGUAGAAGGGCUUUAUGGCACCAACUGCUAACGUCUCUCCUAUAUUUUUGUGCUGCAAGAGUUGUUGGAGAUGGGCUUGACUGAAAAAAAGACCACUGCCUAUAGUUCCUCUGACAAAAUCCUUUUUGGAAAUUAGGUAACCCAACUGAAAUAACACUUGAGAAAACAUGUUGGGUUUUAGCUGCCCAAAUAUAAUCUUAGGGGAUCUGGUAGAGAUGGGACAGAUUUAAUUUCUUUGAGUAGGAUUUUGUUGAUGAUGGGUUUCCAAAAUGGUCUAGGUUAUGUUGUCAAUUUGCUGUCUGGAGGGAGUAAAAGAGUCUUCUCAUUCACUGAUAAUACAUAGUUUAUGGCAGUGAUAAAAAUCCUUUUAGUCCAUCCUGAAGAAUUAUUGUACUGGGAGGAAAACUUUGCUGCCUUUCAUAACUCUUCUGUGUCAGAAUGGACCCCACUUCCAAUUUUAUUGUUGUUAUUUCUCACCUCUCUUUUGUUAUUCUAAUAAAAGAAAACUGAAAUUCUGUAGCAUGUAA